AUGUCAGACCACGGCAUACAAGCCCUAAAGGGCAUAAAAGCCCUAACAUUCGACGUCUUCGGCACAGUAGUAGACUGGCGCACCACAGUCCAAACCGCCCUAUCCACAGCCCUAAGGUCCAAACCACCAUCACCCUCCCCGUCCGCCGAAGCAGCAGCAGCCCGCGCCCAGGCCCUGACAGACGCCGACAUCGCCGCCCUGGCACAGGAGUGGCGCGACAGCUACAAGCGCUUCACGCGCGGCUUCCGCCCCGGCACGGACCCGUGGAAGGACGUGGACGCGCACCACUACGACAGCCUGGUACAGCUCCUCGACGAGCACGGGCUCGCCGGCUUGCUCGGCCCGGACGCGCUGCGCGACCUGAGCCUCGUGUGGCACCGGCUGGCGCCGUGGCCGGACUCGGCGGCCGGGCUGCGCGCGCUCGGAGGCGGCGCGGGCGCGGAGGGCGCGGAGGGGGGCCUCGGGCUGGUGACUGCGUCGCUGUCGAACGGGAAUCGCGCGCUGCUGGCGGACCUAGAUGCCUUUGGGGGGCUGGAGUUCGGCGUGUUGUUCUCGGCGGAGGACUUUGGCGCGUAUAAGACGGACCCGCAGGUGUACCUCGGCGCGGUGGAGAGGCUGGGUGUUCUGCCUGGGGAGGUGGCUAUGGUUGCUGCGCACUUGGGAGAUCUCGAUGCUGCGAGGCAGCUGGGGCUGCGGACGGUAUAUGUUGAGCGGAAGCGGGAGGAGGACUGGGAUGUUGGCAGUGAGAGGUAUGAGGCUGCGAGAGGCUGGGUUGAUCUUUGGGUUGGGGUGGAUGAAGGGGGGUUUGUGGAGGUUGCGAGAAGAUUAGGUGCUGUUCGCUAA